UUGCCAUGAAAGGUAAAGGUUGGAGGAAAUUAUUGAAUCCAAUUGUCGCUGCUCAAAAUUUUGAAUAUAAAAUGUCCAACAUUCUGGAUAAACCAUUUGAAUCAAUAUUUGGAUAUAUUACUGUUUUACCUGGAGCUUUUUCUGCUUACCGGUACAUUGCUCUCCAGAGUACUGUUAAUGACAAAGGGGAGGAAGAAGGCCCUCUAGAUCGUAUUCUUUGUUUUGAAUUGGUUGCAAAACGCAAAUGUACUUGGUUAUUGCAUUAUGUUAAAUCCUCUCAAGCCGAAACAGAUGUACCUGAAGAUGUUAUUGGACUAAUUAAACAACGAAGACGUUGGUUAAAUGGGUCUUUUUUUGCUUCCUUUUACGCCAUUAGUCAUUUUUAUCAUAUUUCAAGGAGCGAUCAUUCUACAGGCC